AUGUCCGAACAACUUAAAAAGGCAGAAGGGGCUCAAGAAUGGGAGAUUGCCAUAUCACAAAUGCAAGAACAAUUUGACAGGCAGACAAUUACCCAUAUGCAAAAGUAUCAGGGGUUUGUGGAAUCAAUCGACGAACUCAAAGGGAUUGUGAGCGAAUUAAUCGUCCAGAAGACGGGGGAAAAACCUCUUAUAAAAACAGGACCUGGCCACGCAACAAAAGGUCACCAUGGGGCCACGCUUAGGAACCACACCAUGAAAUUAGAGUUGCCCCGUUUUGAUGGCAAUGAUCCGUAUGGUUGGACGUUUAGGGUGCAGGAGUAUUUUGACUUUCACGAGACUCCUGACGAGCAACGGCUACGAAUUACCGUCCCUACAGGAAAAUUAGCUAAAUUAAUGGAAAAGGGUAAUGUUGAAGAUUAUCAGGCCGAAUUUGAAACUCUGAUGAACAAGGUGGAAGAAGUAACUGAGCAUAUUUUGAUCUCUAUUUUCAUUGCAGGUUUGAAGAAUGAAAUUCAACAAGAUUUGUUGGUUGCUCGACCGACUACCUUCGAUGAGGCUAUUAGUCUUUUCAGGUUGUUCAAGUCACGACAAACAGCACGCUAUUUAGAGCAACGAUCCACGACGAGAUGGCCGGGCCGAAAUUCCAAUGGACAAGUUAAUGGUGCUAAUGUGGGGGGAGAGAAAAGCAUAAGUCAGGGUCUAGCAAGUCAACUACAAAAGGCAGAACGAGCAGGUGCUAAAUUCAAACGACUUACUUCGGUCGAGAUGCGCGAUAAGCGUGCUCGAGGUGACUGUUUUAAUUGCGAUCAAAAGUGGACUACCAGUCAUAAGUGUACUAUGCAAUUCUUGCUCAUGAUAGAAUAUCCCGACGAGGAAGAAGAAAACCUCGAGAGUGAUGGGGAAGGCGUGGUCAUAACUGGAGAUGUAUAA